AUGGAUCCUGAAGCAGUUGGACAAAAUCGACUCACGGAGCUGCAUGAGCUGGAAGAAUUUAGGUAUCAAGCCUUUGAAAGCACGAGGCUCUACAAGGAACGAAUGAAGAAAAUGCAUGACAAGCACAUCGUGGACAGAGACUUUAAAUCCGGUGACAUGUUACUAUUAUAUAAUUCAUGGUUGAGAUUGUUUCCGGGUAAGUUAAAAUCCCGAUGGUCUGGGCCAUUUAGAGUGGUGCAAAUGUUUGCAAGUGGAGCUGUUGAGAUUGAGUCGGAAGACGGGACAAACAAAUUCUCCGUUAAUGGACAAAGGUUGAAACAUUACCUUGGAAUAGCUGCAGAAAAAGGGGAGACAAUGGUGACCAAUUUAAAAGAGCCCCAAUACGAGAAUGAGGAGUAA